GAGAGGGAGGUUAUACAGCUGUUGGGAAGAGACAAGGGAAGAGGUUGGAAAGAGAGCUCACCUCUCUCUCUCUCUCUCUCUGGAGUUGGGUAGCCAUGGCUUGGGCAUUGAGCGUUCUUCUCACUAUGAUGUGUGGCCAAUUCUGGGAGGCAAUGGCCGGGAUGGACUCGUGUUAUGACGAUUCCGGCCAGGCAAAGAGGUGUUUACCCGAGUUCUGUAACGCAGCCUUCAACAAGACCAUCCACGCCACCAACACUUGCGGGUCUGCCCCCGAGCAGUACUGCCUACAGACCGGGGUGACGGGGGUCACCGAGUCCUGCCACACGUGCGAUGAUCGGAACCCCGCGCUGAGCCACAACACCGGCUCCCUGACCGACUUCCACAGCGAGCAGGAGCCCACCUGGUGGCAGAGCCAGUCUAUGGUGUUUCCCGUCCAGUAUCCCAACUCCGUCAACCUGACCUUCCACCUGGGAAAAUCAUUCGAGAUCACCUACAUCAGACUGAAGUUUCGCACCAGCCGGCCGGAAAGCUUCUCCAUUUACAAGAAGACCCGGGAGGACGGCCCCUGGAUCGCUUAUCAGUAUUACAGCGCCUCGUGCAGCCGGACGCACAGGACGCUCACUUCCAGCUACAUCAGGCCCGGAGAGGACGAACAGGUGGCAUUCUGCACAGACGAGUUCAGCGACAUCUCCCCACUGACAGGUGGCAACGUUGCCUUCUCUACCUUGGAAGGGAGACCCAGUGCCUACAGCUUCGACAGCAGCCCUGUGCUACAGGAAUGGGUGACAGCCACCGAUUUGCUCAUCUCCUUAAACCGACUGAACACUUUUGGAGACGACAUCUUCCAGGAUCCCAAAGUCCUCAAAUCGUAUUAUUACGCCAUCUCUGACUUCACCGUGGGAGGCAGGUGCAAAUGCAAUGGCCAUGCCAGCAAAUGUGCAACCAACGACGUGGGAAGGCUGGUGUGCAAUUGCCAGCACAACACAGCGGGCGUGGAUUGUGAGAAGUGCCGGCCGUUUUUCCACGACCGACCCUGGGCAAGAGGGUCAGGUCAGAGCGGCAACGAAUGUCUACCCUGCAACUGCAGUGGGAGAUCAGAGGAAUGUUCCUUUAACCGGGAACAAUAUCGCAGCACUGGGCACGGAGGGCAGUGUCUGAAUUGCCGGGAUAACACCACCGGGCCUCACUGCGAGACCUGCCAACGGCACUUUUACCGGAGUGAGCCGGUUGAGCCUUGUAAAGCCUGCAACUGCAACCUCGUGGGGUCACUGAGCUUGCAGUGCGAUGCCAACGGCGACUGCAUUUGCAAACCGAACGUCACCGGGAAGAAGUGCGACCGAUGCCAACUGGGCUAUCACUCGCUCAGCGAGGGAGGCUGCAGAGCAUGCGGUUGCCGGCCGGAAGGUAGUGUUGGACAAUGUGACCCCAACACCGGGAGGUGUACCUGCAAGAAGAACGUGGAAGGGUUGCUGUGCCACAGCUGCAAGUCGGGAACUUUCAAUCUCCAACCUCACAACGUCCACGGCUGCAUUGAUUGUUUCUGCUACGGCCACUCAACUGCCUGCACCUCAGCCUCACAGUUUGCUGUGACCCAAGUAACCUCCACCUUCCAGCAAGGAGAUGAUGACUGGCGAGGGCAGUACCUGGACGGAGGAGAAUUGUCACUACACUGGCAGGAGGAGAGGAUCAGUCUGCCCCCAGAUAACGCUGACUGGGGAUAUUUCAUCGCUCCGAGCAAGUUUUUGGGAAACCAGCUCCUUAGCUACGGUCAGAACCUCUCGUUUGUUGCUGUCAAUGUGGAAAGCAAGGCCUCACCAUCCUUCAAUCUGAUUCUGGAAGGUUCCGGAAUCCACAUGUCCGCCUCAGUCUCUCCGCAGAUCGCGAAGGACACCAACCCCACGGAGCUGGUCUUUGUCUUCAGACUGAACGAAGCUGAGCAGGGGAUACAGACGCCUGCACUGUCCAGCUUCCAGUUUCACCAGCUCCUCUCCAACCUGACGGCCAUGAGGAUAGGAGGGACUGGCAGUCCAGGCUACACAGCGUAUGUGAAGGAGGUUGUGUUGAUGACAGCCCGGCCUGGCCUGUCACCUCUGGCGUCCUGGGUGGAGGAGUGCCUGUGUCCGCAAGGUUACAUCGGACAGUUCUGCCAGUCCUGUGCACCGGGCUUCAAGCGAGAUGUUCCCUACGGAGAUGCGCUCACUUUCUGUGUUCCCUGCUCCUGCAACCAGCAUGGAACCUGCAACCCCGACUCAGGUGCGUGUCAGUGUCUACACAACACAGCCGGUCCAUCCUGUGAGCGCUGCGCGGACGGGUUCUAUGGCAAUCCGUUCCGGGGCAGGUACGAUGACUGUAGGCCGUGUCCCUGCCCUGGGCAGUCCAGCUGCGCGAAGGUGGAAGAGACCAAGGAAGUUGUCUGCACGUUUUGCCCCGAAGGGCAGACGGGGAAACUGUGCGAAAAGUGCGAUGACGGCUACUUCGGCGACCCUCUGGGGAGACACGGGGAGGUGAGACCCUGCGUCCUGUGUCAGUGCAGCGGGAACAUCGACACCAACGCCGUAGGGAACUGCCAUCACCUGACCGGAAAGUGCCUGAAAUGCCUCUUCAACACGAGCGGACGCUCCUGUCACGAGUGCGCCGACGGCUUCUACGGAAACGCCUCAGCCACGGAUCCGGUCAACAAAUGCAGACUGUGCGGGUGCAAUCCAGCCGGCUCGACCGAUGGCCUUCAGACCUGCGACGUUCAGAGUGGACAAUGUUCGUGUCUGCCCCACGUGACCGACCGGGACUGUGGGCAUUGUGAACCUGGGUAUUACAACCUGCAGCCUGGAGUGGGCUGUGACAGGUGCGAUUGCCAUCCUGACGGGUCGCGAAACAGCUACUGUCACCUGGUGACUGGGCAGUGCACGUGUCGUCCCGGCAUAGACGGCACAUCGUGCGACAGAUGCCAGCACGGAUACUUUGACUUCUCCGCAAAGGGCUGUCGAGUCUGUAACUGUUUCCCUCUGGGCUCGGUGCGGAUGCAGUGCAGAGACAACGGGACCUGCGUGUGUAAGCAGGGCUUCGGUGGCUACAAGUGCGAUCAGUGUCACACCAACUACUUCUACAACUCGACCACCUUCCACUGCCAACAGUGUCCAGUCUGUUACGGGCUGGUCCGAGAUCAGGUUGACAGACUGAAGGAGAAGCUGCACAACCUGGAGGAAGGUCUGGAGAAGUCCACGUGCAGAUCUGACCAUUGGCGUCAGUAUUAUUCCAUCCAUCUGGAGACGGCUGUCAGGGACAUGGUGGUGGAGGUUCAGUCACUGCAGGAUACAAAGGAAAUUUUCCUGAGUGAUAUCCGUGGAGUAGAGAGCUCACUGGAGGAGAUCGGAGAGAAACUGAGCAACGUGAGCCAGAGCCUGAGCUGUGAGGAGAGCCAGUUCCAGUGCCGCCUUGUGUCCAACAGUCACCUCCUCAUCCUCACUACACACGCCCAGCUCCAGGCAGCCAGAGAGACGUUGAACCAGACGGUCUCGUGGAGGAUUCCAAUCGGGACUGAGAGUGACACCAACAACAGAUCAGUGGCGUUCAGGAGGCGCGGACACUCGCCGCCAGGUAACACCAGUCACUUUAGCUGUCGUUCCCAGAGCUUUGCAGUCACACAGUCGGUAAAAUUCCUUCAUGUGUUUGACAGGGGGCUGAGAGGAGACCUCAUCCAAUUGGUGCGCAGUCACGGUGAAGUUGCCGAAAAGAUCCAGUUGCUGGUAGGAGAAGCUCUGUCUAUGUCUAACAAGAGCUAUACCCUCCUCACUGACAUCCUCGGCGACCGAUCUUCAGAGGGCCAUAUCACGGAGGUGGAGGAUAAAAUUGAAGCGGUGCAGAGCGCAAAGGAGGAGCUGGAGCGAGAGCUGGAGGACGCCCUCAAAGAGGCGAAGAAACUCUACACGUCCACACAACUCACACUUCCAAACGUCACUGUGCAGCUUCCAAACAUCACCGACCUGGAACCUGAGGUCGGCUCGAGGGGUUUGGAGGCAGAGAUUGCAAUCGUAGAGAAUCUGCUUCAGUCCAAAGAGCGUCUGGUUAAUGAGGUGAUCGAGGAGGUCCAGACACAGGCUGAGGAGCUGGGCAAGCAGAUGGCGGCCAGGCAAUCUUACGCCCAGCUCCUGAAACGUGCCAACUCUGCCCGAGCCACAGGGAUGGCUUCGGUGCAGGCUGGACGGCGGGUAAGGAAAGAAGCGAACACGUUGCUGAAACACUUGGAUGCCCUUCGUCGACGUCUCGACGAGAGAACGCAAGAGCGGGAUGAGAGGGCGGACAUUCCCAUAGGGCUAACGCACCCCGUCUCUUUCUUUUCCUUUAACGAACUGCUCCCACUCCAUUCAACCGUUUGCCUGGGUCACAGACAACAAGAAGAGAUUCUCGGCCAGAAGAGCGAAGACCAGAGGGCCGUGAAGAAGAUGCGAUCCAUCCGGGAGAAAGUGCUGGCGGACGCCAAGAAGAAGACUGCGCAGGCGGCCAGAGUCCUGAGAGCAGCUCGAACCAACGCAGCCACCGGGAACGCCACCAGCCAUCAGACCUUGCAUCUGAGCAGUCGGGUCUCCAGGGAAGCCCAGCGAAUCAAAAGAAAAGCUGAGGAUUGCGUCUCGAGCUCCAGCGUGUUGCGUUCAGACCUGGAGAUGGCUCAGGCUGAGGUGGAGGUUUGGGAGAAACAAGUGGGAGCAUUGAAGUUGGCAGCGGUGAAAGACCUGGAAACAGCUGCGGAGGUUAAUGCCGGCGUGCAAACGAUGGGAAAGAACAUAAAGAAAGCAAAACAUUCCCUGGGCCGUGAUGUAAAGAAACUGACAGAGUUACUGAAAACAAUUGAGGGACUGGAGCUUAAUCCUGCAACAGACGAGGUGCUGAAUGAGACGGAGACUCGGGUGUCGUUGCUGAGCUCGCAGAUCAACAGCCGGUUAACGCAGAAGGUGCGGACCCUGGAGGCUGCGGCCGAGAUGCAGAUCCUGAGAAUGAAAGCGUUCGAGAAGGACAUCGCGGAGAUCGUGGCCGAGAAGCACAGCCUGGAGGAUAUAGCCCGCACCCUGCCUCGGGGCUGCUUCAACAGUCCGGGAGCCACGAGGCAGUGAGAGAGGCCUCGCGGGUAAAGCAGCGGAGAGCAAGCGGUGGCUGUAAACGAGCCUGUGGUAUAACCUAAAGAACAUUCGCCAGACGUCAGCAACUUAACCUCUUCGUUACGUCGAUCGUGUAUUUCGUAUCCAGCGACGUUGGCUUUUUUUCUCCUU